AGGUAGGGCGGCCCUGCGAACAGUCAUUCCCGCACUGGACACUGUUUGGAGCGGACGCGCGCGCAGUGUCUCACUCUCGCCCGCGCCUUAUAACUUGCACGAAAAUGAAGUGCUUAAACAUUGGUGUUUUAUCUUUGAUGAACUUUAUAUUUUUAAUUUCUGUGAAUGGCGCCAAGAUUAAUGUCAAGCAAGAGUUACAAGCCAUGGCGGAGCAGAUCGAGAUCCUGAAGGCUUCCCAUCUCAAUGAUGUCACCCGUCUUCAGAAGGAAAUUGAGGAACUCAAAGCGAAGCCGGCGCAGUCUACGGACAACCAUGAGCGUAACGAACAGCUGACACUGCAGUGGGCCAAGACCUCGAUGGACGAGCUGCGACUCGAGAUGAAGGAAAUGUCUCAGAGCCUCAACAACUCAAAGCUUUUGCGACACCUUCACGUCAUUCGAAACGAGUUAAAACAAGCAUUGAUGGAAACAUCGGACCUGGCUCAGCUGGCUCGCACGCACGAGGCUCGCGUCGAUAAACUGGACAGCAAUGUUAGCCGCCUCAAAUAUGAAAGUCAACAGUUCCGCUCGAUGUUGGCCGAAGUCAAGUCAAACCAUGCCAAACUGGCUAAAGAGAUCAAAGCUAAACAGAUGCAGGAAAUGGAUAUGAAUUCUGACAACGAAGUUUUGGCCCCGCAUGAAAUACGCCACUCGCGUCGCAAGCUGCGGCACAAUAAGGCUGGGCGCAACAAGUUGGUAAACAAUAAGAUGGUGCACACUCAGAUUUCUAGAUUGGCGCGCACUCAACAACAACUUGACGAGUCCCAACAAAGUCUCCAGACACAAAUUCUCGACGUACAACGCCGUCUCGAUCGCUUCGAAGAACCCAACUGGAACCUAAUUACUACUAAAGUUGAUUUUCUUGAAGUCGAAAGCAAAUUUCUGCGCACCGAUCUUAUCAACAUAACCCAAAAAGUUAUGGAUUUGGAUAAAGUUCACUCAUCAAUGUUGGAACUACGUGAAGACGUUGAAAGUAUUGAAAAUAAGGUCGACAAAACAAUCCCAGAUUUCCGCAAAGAAAUUUCUAAAUUAGACGUCAACUUUGCUCAACUCAACGCUCAGUCAUCCUAUCUAAAGGAAGAUCAGGAAAACCUGCGCCAAUCCGUGAAAGCGAUUGCUGUGAGCGUGAGCAACACCAUCGACCGCGCUGAGAUGGACCGCCUCGAGAUGAAGAAGCUCAACGACUCCAUUGUUGCCCUCGAGGGCCGAUCCAAGCAACAUUUCUAUCGUCUUAACGAUCACAUUCUAAAGAGUGAAGCCAACAAUAUCGAGGCCAACCAAACUACUAUUUCUCUUCCGGAAAUCAUGGGCGAAGUCAAGGAAUUGCAACCCGUUGAACGGGAAUACGAAGACCUGGUAAACCAGCUGCCCAAGGAUUGCUCUGGAGUGUCCGGUCAAGCUGGCGAUUACUUGAUUCAUCCUGGUCACGCUCCCGUCGACACCUGGUGUGAGAAUGGAACAACUCUCCUCCAACGUCGAUACAAUGGCAGUGUCGAAUUCAACAGAAAAUUCGUUGAAUACGUCAAUGGUUUUGGCAAUCCCGCUUCCGAAUACUGGAUCGGUCUUGAAUCUAUGCAUCGGCUCACCCAGGACAACUGUUCAUCCAUGCGCAUUGAUAUGACUGACAUCUAUGGAGGAGUCUGGUAUGCUGAAUACAAAAACUUCUUUGUGGGUAACGCGGAUUCUGGCUACGCUCUUGAGAUCAGUGGUUUCAGCGGCAACGCUAGCGAUGCUUUUGAAUACCAAAAUCAUAUGGAAUUCUCGACGAUUGAUCGCGAUCGCGACAUUUCCAACACCCACUGCGCUGGUAACUAUGAGGGAGGUUGGUGGUUCUCUCACUGCCAGCACGUAAACAUCAACGGGAAAUACACCCUUGGCCUGACCUGGUUCGACGCUGCUAAGAACGAGUGGAUCGCUGUGGCUACAAGCGAGAUGCGCUUGUUCCGCCGCUCGCUCAUGCACGGCUGUGUUUAAACGCCAUACCUCUAUUCCCUGAGUAUAAACAAUCAUAAAGGUUUAGAUCGGGGAACAUAUAAUUAUAUUAGCCCUAACGAUAUUAUAUUCAAAAUAUACCAAAGAUAAACUAAUAGACGAUGGUAAAUACGAGUAUAUCUUAUCUUUGCCAGUAGAAUAUUCCAAAGUCUACUGCUUAUUUAUAAAUCUUUAGUAUCGUGUUCAGG